GCGUACUGCACGAUGAAGUACUACGGCACCGCCGCCGGUGGAGCAGCAGCACAUUGACUGGUGUCAUAAGAUCAUUUGAAGGACUCUCUUCGUGGGUUACCUCACAUUUCACAACGUUUUAUAGAGUGGCAGAACAGGCAGUUUGAGGGUCUGAGAUGGAUGUGGCAGUCCCUAAAUCCCGUGUGUUUCUGAACUACAGUCCCACUGCCCUGUUUUCACAGUGGAGUUUACCGGUUACUCCCACCCAAGUGAUGGCUGCGGUGCAGGAUGGACCAUGGAAGACCCUGAGCUCUGGAAAGAAAGUGGCGUUGGCUGCUGGUAUCUCGGUUGGAGCAACAGUUGGAUACCUUGUUUAUCGUCACAUUCGAAACAGCAGUGAGCAAUGCCAAAGCAAAGAGGAGUCCAGAAUAUCUGUUCCCCUUGAUGUGUAUCGAUCUAUUGCGAGAUAUCAAAGCGCCUUCUUGGACAUUGUGAAUCAGAAGUCUGGUGCCCAGAUUAAUGUGCUGCCGAACACUGAAGAGCAGAACAUGGUAAAUUUUCUGAUCCAGGGCUCACCAGAACAGAUUCUCAUAGCUCAGUGUGCACUGGAGAAACUGGCUACCGACUGUGAGGUCAUCACUGAUGUCAUAGACGUGCCUCAGACAGCCUUUGGACGAAUUAUAGGUCGUGGUGGAGAGACAUUGAAGUUCAUAAACCGAGUGUCAGGGGCGAGAGUGAACUGCUCCAAAGAUCGUGGACGCACCUUAGAGGAGAACGGCAAGAUCACUAUUACUGGCACACGCAAAGAAAUUCAGAGUGCUAAGGAGAUGAUCAUGGAGAAGGUCAUCGAGAACGAAACAGUACGAAAGCGGAUAAGCCAGGCUUCUGCUCUGCGUCAGAGGAGGAAACCUCCAGAAACCCAAGGACCUGAGAAUGAAUUAUUAAAGCUUAAUGGAAAAGAUUUGCCUACUCUAGUGAAUGAGCUUAAACAAGAGCUGCCCGUUACUGUUAACGGCUAUGUGGACAGCACUGAUACAGCUGAAAACUCCCUCAGAUCAGAAGACGAGGAGAUUCUUUCUCCAGUCUCACCUCUGGAAAUCUCCAAGUUUGAAAUUCCUAGUCCAGACCUGAGCUUCCAGCCUGAUGAGCAUCUGGAGGUGUACGUGUCUGCCUCGGAGAAUCCUCAGCACUUUUGGAUCCAGAUCCUGGGAGUCCGUUCUCUACAGCUGGACAAACUGACAGCAGAAAUGAGCCGUUUCUACAAUGGUGAUUCCUCACAGGAGCAUAGAGUGGAGACUAUUAUAGUUGGAGACAUAGUGGCUGCUCCGUACAGAGAUCACGGCACGUGGAAUCGGGCACGAGUGUUGGGAAUUGUGGGAUCAGGCCUGGUGGAUCUGUAUUAUGUGGACUUUGGGGACAACGGGGAGCUUCCUCGGGAACAUUUACGAAGCAUGAGAAGUGACUUCCUGAGCUUGCCUUUUCAAGCCAUUGAAUGCAGUCUUGCAGGGGUUCGGCCAGAAGGAGAGGUUUGGACUGAAGCAGCCCUGGAUGACUUUGAACGCAUGACAUUCUGUGCUGAAUGGAAACCUUUACUGGCUAAACUCUACAGCUACUCUCAUUCUGAGAUCUCAUCCUGGCCUAGUGUCAAACUUUAUGACAACAGCCAGGGAAAGGCUGUGGAUCUCGGUAAAGAAUUGAUUCGUCUCGGUCAUGCUGUGAGCUGUGAGGAUGAAGGAAAUGGGCUGAGGGGAGACUGGGAUGAGUCCAGAUCACUGCAGAAGAUGCUGGACGACAUGACUGGAGCCACAUCAGAACUCAGUAUGUCCUGCAUCAGUUUAUCAGAAGUUGCCUCUAUUUCCGGAAGUGUGGAUGACACUAUAGAUGAGGAGUUCAACUGACAAGACCAAAGACGUGUAUGCCUUGAUAUUGCGACCAGUUCUUCUCCUCAUUCAGCACAUGCUUCCCGUCUCUGAGAAAGAGCCUUACUUGAUGACGUCACUCGCUCAGGCUGCCUGUAUUUACUGCAUUCGUUCUUAUGAACAGUGGGUUUCAUAGUUUAUAAUGUUUUGUUACAUCUGUUGUUUUUCACAGUUUACACUUUUGUUCCCAUUGUGUUCACCUCAGUUACGUAUUAAACUGUUUUUAUUGAGUGUCAGAGGAUGGAUGGUUAAAGAGCAGAGCUCAGGGAACUCAGAAUUGAGUUGGUGAAACUCAGUAUUGUUGCAUUGUAGCACCAAAGUUCCUUUGGUUUUCUUUGGUAACAUGAUGGUUUAGUUUUGUUAAUGGGUUAUAUUUUUGUACUCUCAUUUUCUGUCAAUAUUAUUUAUGUUGUGCAUUGAGAUUUAUUACAUUAAAUGCUAUGGUAUAUAUGAGUAUACAGUUAAAUAAAGACUAUUAUUAUACUUCA